GAGAGCGAGUCGAGUGGAAGGAUCGCAGUUAGCCUACUUAGGUCUCGAUAUUUGCAAUGCUGUGUGCGCUAUUGUUUUACACCCCUCUAGAUAUGAGCUAGCCAGUAAUAAUCAUCCCACUGACGAGGCCUGCGACUCACUGCAUCAGAAGUUUAGGACUGAAACCGCGUAGGAAGAAAAGGAAAAGGGGUAGCUUCGGGCCGGGAGAGCCGAAGACCACAUCGCCGGCUUCCGGGGAUUCAGGGCAGCAUCGAGAAACAGCGGACGGCGGUCUUCGGAAGGGCGAGCAUCAAUACAUAAUUUGGAUAAACAACCACUACUGUAGUGGAACCCUAAACAUGUCAAGAAAGGUCCACAGAACCGAAGUAUGUGCCGACUGCAGUGCACCAGAUCCGGGCUGGACCAGCAUCAACAGGGGCGUUCUGAUCUGUGACGAGUGCUGCUCUGUGCACCGCAGCCUGGGACGCCACAUCUCCAUCGUCAAGCACCUGCGGCACAGCGGCUGGCCCCCUGCACUGCUGCAGAUGGUGCAGACCCUGGCCAGUAAUGGGGCUAACUCGAUUUGGGAGCACUCCCUGCUUGACCCAGCGCAGGUGCAGAGCGGCCGCAGGAAACCUAACCCACAGGACAAAGUCCACCCCACCAAGUCCGAGUUCAUCCGCGCCAAGUACCAGAUGCUAUCCUUCGUCCACAAGCUGCCGUGCCGCGAUGACGACGGUGUUACCACCAAGGACCUCAGUAAGCAACUGCACUCCAGUGUGAGGACGGGGAGUCUGGAGACAUGUCUACGGCUGCUGUCCCUGGGAGCACAGGCCAACUUCUUCCACCCGGAGAAGGGCACCACUCCACUCCACGUGGCAGCCAAGGCAGGCCAGGUUCUGCAGGCAGAGCUGCUGGUCGUGUACGGAGCCGACCCCGGAGCCCUGGACAUCAACGGACGCACACCCAUGGACUACGCCAGGCAAGCGGGCCAGGUGGAGCUGGCAGAGCGGCUGGUGGAGUGUCAGUACGAGCUCACAGACAGGCUGGCCUUCUACCUGUGUGGCCGACGCCCUGAUCACAAGAAUGGGCAUUAUAUCAUUCCUCAGAUGGCUGACAGAGCUCGCCCUAAGUGUCCGACACAGAGCCUGGACCUCUCAGAACUGGCCAAGGCAGCUAAGAAGAAGCUGCAAGCGCUGAACAAUCGAUUGUUUGAGGAGCUUGCCAUGGAUGUGUAUGACGAAGUGGACCGCAGGGAGAACGAUGCAGUGUGGCUGACGACUCAGAACCACAGUACUCUGGUGACGGAGCGCAGUGCGGUGCCCUUCCUGCCUGUCAACCCCGAAUACUCAGCCACACGCAACCAGGGUAGACAGAAGUUGGCCCGUUUUAACGCUCGUGAGUUCGCAACGCUGAUCAUCGACAUCCUGAGUGACGCCAAGAGGAGACAACAAGGGAAAGGCCUUAGCAGCCCUACCGACUCUAGUCUGGACCUGGGGGCCGACGACGACCAGCAUGACUACGACAGCGUAGCGUCGGACGAGGACACGGACAGCGAGCUGACCACUCAGAACAACAACAACGCACAGCGCAACAACCGGGCCAAGAGCAUGGACUCGUCGGACCUGUCGGACGGGCCCAUCACUCUGCAGGAGUACCUGGAGGUUAAGAAGGCCCUGGCCUCCUCCGAGGCUAAAGUCCAGCAGCUGAUGAAGGUCAACAACAACCUGAGUGAAGAGCUGCGCCGGCUGCAGAAAGAGGUGAGGAAGGGGGGUCCUGGCGGUCCAACACCCUAUGGAGGGUCGCACCUCUCUGGCUCCAUGGAGAUGGGGAGAUACAUGGGCCCUAAAGGAGAGAAGCACGGCAGUGGCACUGAUAGUGACUAUGACAACACUCACAUGUAUGAGCUGUCGCUAAGGGGGCGCAGCAGUGAAGAGGAAGGCCGGGGGGAUUCGGAGGAGUGGGGUGGGGGUGAAGGGGGUGAGCCGGACCCUACCCUGCCCUGCACCGAAGACGUCAUCCUCAAGACGGAGCAGGUGACCAAAAACAUCCAGGAGCUUCUGAGGGCCGCACAAGAGUUCAAACACGACAGUUUUGUUCCAUGCUCCGAGAAGAUCCACUCUGCUGUCACUGAAAUGGCCUCUCUCUUUCCCAAGCGGCCUGCCCUAGACGCUGUGCACUGCUCCCUGCGCCUCCUGGCAUCCAGCGCCUCCCGCCUCCAGGUGGAGUGUCGCAAGGCGGCUCCCUCGGACCCAUCAGCGCCCGCCGUCGACUACCAGCUGCUCACCCAGCAGGUCAUCCAGUGCGCCUAUGACAUCGCCAAGGCCGCCAAGCAGCUGGUCACCAUCACCACCCGCGAGAAGAAACAGUGACUGGGGUAGAGAGGGGACGGACAGGGGAGUGGCAAGGGGAGCUGCUAGACUGACAGAGGGAGGGGAGAGGGAUGGAGGUAGCCUCGAUUUCCAAGCUUCCUAGUCAAGUGAUGAACGUGACUUGGAAGGUUGGCAUCGCAAGGGAGAGAGAAAUACCAGCCAACGGGAGAAGCUAUAUUGGUUGCAGACUGAAAAGAAGAUCUCUGAGGAUGAAAUGAGAGGAAUUGAAGGUAGGGAAUGAAGAGCGGGGGAAGACCAGGUGGUUAUAUUAUAUGACAAUAGAACGAAGCUGAGAAAUGACUCAGCUCUCACUACUAUACCUGAGUGGACUGGGAGAGAGCAGUUCUGCGGAGGAGGGGACUCUGAAGAGAAGUGUGGACCAUUGAGACAGUAAUCACAUGUGGGGGAUGGGCACAGCACAACAGCGGCUCAGCUCUCAUCAUCUCACUAUGAUCUCACUCCGUUGUUCCUUUAGGGGGGGUAGGCUGGGACCGAGGUAGGCUGGGCCCGGGGUUGGGGCCAGUCAGUGUGGCCUACAAGGGGGCCAGGCCUUGGAAGAGAGACACACACUGCUCUACCCCUCUGUCUCUCAGACACUGCCUCCUCUGUAGUUCCAGGCUCUGCUAAGGAGGGCCCUUGCUACUCCCUCAGACCCCCUGGUACACUACAGCAUGUCUUGGCAUCGUGGACAAACGACUAGGUGAUGUUUUAUUAUUUUCAUGUAUUUUUUCUCCAUUUUUUUAUGCCAAUCCGUUGGCCUGUACCUCUGGGGACAAGAAUUACUGACUUAAGAAAAGAAACACUUACACUGGAAUAAUUGUGAUUUAUUAUUAUUAUGCCCAUUUGUUUUGUAUUAUUAUUAUUAUUAUUAUGGUCAUGAUUUACAUUAUCAUGUAUGUUUGCUUAUUUUAAUGUCGUCUCAUGUAUGAUGGUUCCUGUUCAGAGGACCAGGGAGAGCUGUGAGAAUACUCACUCGCCUUCUGUCUGACUGGGACUGGACACAUGCGCGCGCACACACACACACUAACUUGUGAAAUGGUCCUCAAACACUCCUGGAGCAGUCCAAUUCCUCCCGGGUGACAUUUCAGUCAUUUUUUUCUUCUGCCUGUCAUGUUCUAAUAUGUCAGUAGCCAUGGGGUUGAACAGAUGCCAAAGGGGUAGGGAAGGGGUAUAAUCUGCUAUCAGUAGAAAACGCCUUGGAAGCGGCAUGAUAUAUAUUACUGCAGCCAUUGGCUGCUUCAGUCGCUAGACAAAGCUCAUCUCAAUGGCACUACAGUGGGAUCCAUACAAAGUUCGCUCUUCAACAUAUGCCAACUCGAAGCAGACUAGCUAGAUAGGGAACAAAUGUUUUGUGACAACUACAAACUGCACUUGCUGUAGGUUUGUGGGGGCACUGGGGAAAGUGUCCCUGUUUUUAUACUGUGCUAAACAAGUUAACGGUCACACUUAGCUAAGUGACACUGACCAUAGCACUCCACGUAUUUAGUUUGAGUUCUUAGCUUCAAGGACUUCAGUGAUCGUCUGUCAGAUGGAUCUGGGUCGUGUUAAUUAGGAACUAAACGGAUGGAAAUGAACUGAAGCAGGGAGGGACUACUUGGACCCACACACACAUGGCUUGUGUGAUCCUGGACACCUGGAAGCUCUUCCAUGUCAGCUUGACCCAUGUUCACUUAUCCACAGGGUCCCGUCGUUUCACUAUCCGCCUGACUGUGCUCUCAUGUGAUCGAUAAUUGACGAACCUGUAGGGGAUGAGAUCCUUUAUCUUUUCCCAGUCAAAUCAUGUCCAAAAGAUUGUCAUAUGUAACGUUCCAAUCAUGAUUGCCUUUGCACAUCUGCUAGACUGGCUUAAUACGUAGUGAUGUUGUAGCUGUUUGGGUUCCCUCAGUUGAUUAUUUAUCGCCAUCUCUCACACACACACACACUGGGCCAGUAUAAAAUACUUCCCCAUUACAAUGUCCUCCUUUUACCUCUCAGACAACCUGUUAUAGAAUAGAGGCUUAUAUAUUAACAUAUUUUCAUCCUAUUUUUUUUAAGCUAUAUGUUCGUAUUGUGCUUGGGAGGUCAGAUCUAUUUACCCAUGGUGGGUUCCAGGUCUGAGGGGUAAGUGAAUAGGAUCUGAAGUCUGCCACUGGUUAGAACUAAACUCAUCUCAAGUCUGAGGGGAAAGGGCUGUUGCACAAUGCUACGCCUUUCCCCCUUCUUAAUGGACACUUUAGUAUAGGGUCCCUUUUUAGUGGGAAUGUUAGACGCACACAUGCAUCCCGCAUGCCAUGCACAGCGAACACACACUCAUGUUGUUCGGACAGUGGCACUGUGCCCCGUACUGUUUUCUGUGUAUCAUACACCUCUUCACCUGGGAGAUCAGUGAUGGGAGAAUAUCUUUUAACACAGGCAAAAACUGUAAAAAGUACAACAUUUUAAGAAAGGUCAAUUGUAAUGGAUCUCAUGCUGUACAUUUCUAAUAAACUAAAAAACAAGUGAAUUGUCCUAAACGUAUGUUUUUU